CGAUUCGUAGCUUGGAAUUUGUAUAAAUAGGAUUUCUGGGAGGAUGUCACUCGAGCUUUCGCGAUGUUUGUCGAGAAUGUCAAGGAUGGAUUGAUUGGGGGAGAAUGCAAUAUUUUAUUGCCUUUCCCAUAUACAGGUCACUUUCUCUUUCUCAACGUCCUGCUGACCCUCUGUGAAUCUGGAGUUCGAAAUCCGUCAGUGCAGGCACUGCCCACUGCCGCGAAUCGCCGUAGCUUUGUUACGUACAAAGAAGGAACAAUGGCAAUGUAGAAAUUCCCUUGUCUCCAUUUGUUUACUUGUUCAAACCGCAAUUCUUUCACCAUUGUUCUUCGCAAGCCCCGUACAAAGUAUAAAGAUAUCGAAUCCAACGAACACAAUUCCGUUCUUCUCCUCAUUCCUCCUCCCACGAACCCUUCGACCCAGAAGAAUUUGCACCAGCGGUCUAUCAAGCAUCAGCAACAAAAUCCCCUCACCCAAAUUCUUCCAGCCAUGUCUGAAGCCCACUCAUCUUUCUCACGAGAGGAUUACUACCACGCCUCUCGACCCUUCAGCAUAGCGGCAGAGCAGGUCAUGGGAUUCGAGGAGGUAUCACUCAACAACGACACUCAUCCAUUCGCAGCAGGUCCUUCCAACGCAUUCCCUUCGCCGGUCGAAGAAGAAUUCGAAGACGAAGACGAAGAAGACCUCAUCAUGGAACCCGAGCACCAAAUAACCCGAAUCAAUUCCUACGAUUUCGUUCUCAACCAAGCCAAAGAAUUGGAAUCCGAACAGGAGGCUGCUGAUUUUAUUCAUCAGAGCGUCAAUGGCCCCUUGCCACUCCCCGCGAGACCUGAAUCUGUACAUACUACUACGGCCGGACCGAGUUAUGAGAUGCAGGUUCUCGAUCCCGUCGAUCGUGCGGAACGAGGAGGGGUUUCUCGUCACAAGGCUGCUGGUAUGGCGGCGUAUUGUACUGGAGCCUGUACUUGGGAGGAGCUGCUUGAUUACUAUUUUUUGCAGGCUUAAAAGGUAAGUUGAGAGCUUUCUCCCUCUCUCUCUUGAGGAUCGUGUCUUCGUUCUUGGAUCGGUUUUCUCUUUCUUUUGAUCAUUCUCCGUCGCUUUCAAAUCACAUGUGCCGAAGCGAUAUCUCCAGCGACUGCCCCCUGUAGAGUCUGCCAUCCGCCAUGGUCGCGGGCUCGUUCAGCUCGACACAGGUGCUUGCUCGCCCCUGAUGAAUGCCUCCACAUCAGAGUGAAUCCUCAAUCCAUAAUGAAAAUUCGCUUGGCAGAAGUUGAUAUUCUUAGCCACGUAGAUGCAAAGGAACCGAAGCUUUCCAGAUCUGUAAACCU